GACUACGGGCUGGUGGCGGCGCCCGUUCGCCCCGAGACCGCCGUUCGCCUGCGCUGCCCCUGCGGGCCCGUCACCGCCUUCGUCCCCUGGGACGGCCACCGCAGCGGCAACCCCGUCCGCUUCCACAGCGUGCCCGCCUUCGCUGCCGCCACCGACUUGGCCGUCGACGUCCCUGGUCACGGGAGAGUGGUGGUCGACAUAGGCUAUGGUGGCACUUUCUACGCCUUUGUCAGUGCUGAGCAGCUGGGUCUCCAUGUGUGCUCUUCAAAGACCACAGACCUUGUCAAUGCAGCGAGUGCGGUGACGGAAGCAGUGAAGAAACAGUUCAAGCUUCAUCACCCUGAAAGUGAAGACCUGGCUUUCCUCUACGGCACCAUACUGACAGAUGGGAAAGAUGCCUUUAGUGAGGAGCCCACCACCAACAUCUGUGUGUUUGCAGAUGAACAGGUUGACCGAAGCCCGACAGGGUCGGGUGUGACAGCUCGCAUCGCCUUGCAGUACCAUAAGGGACUCAUCCAGCUGAAUCAGACCAGAACCUUUCGGAGCAGCACCACAGGGUCCUUGUUCACUGGGAAGGCGGUGCAGGAAGUCAAGUUUGGGGAGUACAACGCUGUCGUUGUGGAAGUCUCGGGAGAAGCCUUUUACACUGGUACAGCCACCUUCACUGUCGAAGAGGAGGACCCGCUGAAAUACGGCUUCUCCGUCAAGUGA